AGCGUAUAUGUAUGUGCGACUCGACACGGCGACGGUCUUUGCGAUUAGCCGAUCAACAAUUUUACAACGGCACAUGCGUGAAGGGGGGGCUAAUCAUCAGAGGUGUGAUGCCGCGGAAGAAUCCCGUGUUGUACUUUGUGGCGGCGGCGGCGGCGGCGGCUCUAACGUCUUUAAAAGGUUUUAACGGACAAGCCGCCGACACAGGAGCGCUCGUGCAAAGGCCUGCCUCACAGGGCAGGCUUCGUUUCAGAAGUGUGGUGUCUGAUGGGAAACCCCAAUCUGCGCUCCCAGCUCGACACGGAUCCCUCGCCUUCGGGUCUGACGAAGCGGGGGAGCAAAGAUCGGUUCCUGUGGUGCACAGUUUGAUGGAUGCAAAACUCAAGCGCCUGGAUCCAUUAGUACAAUGUAGUGACAAUGUGAUGACUCUGAAGGUCAAAGGGGUCAGAGCUCCUCAUAUUCUCGUGAAUAGUGGUGUAGGACCUCUUACUCCUCUGUCUCAAAUUCCCUCCAGCUGUGGCUUCUCUGUGAAGAGGUCCCGCAGAGAUUUGCUUUUUGCUGCACCUUACCAGGGCUGCCAUGUUACCCAACAGGGUGGCGAUUACGUACUACCACUGCGUUUAUGGGGGGCACCAAUAACAAUGUCUUGCCCUGCUAUGUUACCACCACCCUCUGUUUCCUGCUUCCCAUCUGGAAUGGUGGUGAAGAUUGGGGGCAUUACAGCAAAUGAACUCAAAGUAAAGGUGUCUGGAACGUGGGAGUCUCUUUCAUCGGUCUGUGGCAGUUGUGGAUUUGCUGUUGAAGUGUUUUCUGGAGGACUGACACUCACUGCACCCUACAACAGAGGCUUGUGCAUAGAGAUCAAGGAUAAGGAGUAUUUUCUCUCUCUUCUGUUGGUGGAUGUUGAGCUCUUGGUCACAUGCCCUUCAUUACCAGACAUUAAGCCUACCACAGCAACAACUACGCCUCCCAGUGACAGUGGUCAGGUCCUGCAGUAUCCUCAGUUCCCCCACUUUCCAAUGUUUCCACAAUACCCGGUGCGUCCCGAGCCCAACCCUGCUCCCACCGCAAGUACAAUGGCACCACUGCCCCAACAACCACAGUUCCCCUCAGGUUAUGCUGCAGAAUCCAGUUCUAACGAAAACCAAGAAGCACCUGUAGCGCAGUACCCUUCAUUCCCAUUUAUGCCACAGUAUCCACAGUUCCCUCAGUAUGUCUUUUAUCCCAGACCUGUACCACCAACACAGUCUGCUACUAAUAAAAACACAGCUGCUCCCCUGGCCCAGUUACCUCAGAUGCUAGACACUAGGCAUGAAGGGAAGCCUGUUCCCCAGCAGCCAUUCUUUCCAUUGCCACCUCAGUAUCAUUUCCUGCAAUUCCCUAAACUCCCACCGCCUCCAGAAGGCAAACCCCAAGCUGUUCAAAAUCCCAAACCUGUAGUCCAGCAGCCCAAACCACAACAUGUGUAUCCUCAGACCUACCACAUCCCUGUGUUGUAUCCCCCUCAAGGACAAAAUAUUCAAUCUCCAACUGCUGCUACUACCACUGCCUCAACAAGUGCAGCCGCUACUCUGAAGCCUGCUGCUCAAAAGCCAUUUUAUUAUCCACACCCUUAUAUGCCAGUAUAUUACCCUCCUCAGCAGGCUGCCAUGCCUAUAUUUUCUGAUCCUCCUCCCACGCCUCUUAACAACCCAGCUCCAUUUGAUCAGCACGAACAUCAGCCUAUCUACCACGGCAUGCCUCGAUUUUGACCCUUUUCCUUCUAAUCAGAUGCCAAAAUCGGUUGCAAGAAACUGGUAGAGGCACUGCUGACGACCCCCAGGAGCAUCACACACUCUCCUUCACACAGUUUGAUGAAUGUCGCAGAUUUGGCAAGCAAAGCUGUAACAAACUCUCUGGGGAUCCUUUCCUACUGAGCAGAAAUCGAUCCUAAAUUGCUUCAGGGCAAACAACUGAGUUCCUUGUCAUGCAUUUAGCAAGAGGGAUUCAAAAUGUAAACUUUCUGUUGUGAGGGGGGGGAAUAAAGGGCAAAGUUAGCUACACAA